UAAAUGUCACUCACUCUUUUUAUUUAAGUUUUGUAUUUGAUCGAUGAUUGCUGGGAUUGAUAGUACAUGCUAGAGCUCGGAUGACCCAAAGACAGUCAGAACUCCAGCUAAAAAUUUUGGGUGUGAAAAAAAUGGUAUAGCCCCUACCUUAUCUUAUUAUUGAUAAGCUAUUUUCCCUCCGCGUCAGGGAAACCUUUCACCAAUUUUUCCCCCUUUUGAUCUUAGUAUGUAUUAUUAAAAAAAUAGUAAUAGGGUUGACCUUAAGGAUGCAUUCCAAGAAAUUCCGUUACGUAUAGAAAUUUGAACCCUUUUAUGGGUGAUAUUUUUGGGAAGAUCGUCUGAUUGGCAAGUAAUGGAGUUUUUUUCUGAAUUUCCCACGACACUUAGAAGGAAAUUCCUGAGCAGUAGAGCAGAGACAGAUUCACUACAUUGUAAACACCAAUCGCCCUGUUUACAAGACCAAAAGUCAGAGUGAACACACAAAACUGACCAGGAACAAAGUGGGUGAGGAUGUAUUAAAAUAUAUUAAGUUAUUGUGUAGUUUUUGCGAAUGCCAUUUGAACUAACUAUGAGUCCUAGAUUAAUUUUUCGUGCAGCUUUUGACAUUAUUGUCAAACUUUUUUAAACUUUUUAAUUCGCAAAAUGCUGGAGCUCGUAAUACUUUUCCUUUGCAGUUCGGUAAGCUUUUUCGUUGCGCAGCUGGAGAGGCCAACCACAUUUUGGGAUUACAAAAAAGCUGCCUCCCCAAUCGUCAUGGGCUUAAUAUCCGCUGAAAUUAUUUACCAAAACAAAUAGCAAAAGAAAAGGAAGACGGGUAUAAAAAUUACUUCGAAUAUAGAGAUGACUUUAUUUCGGCUGAGGGCGUUUAAAUUAAAAAUGUAUUAAAAUAUUUGAAAGCAACGAAUAAAUACAUAUGAUGAUGUGA